GAUCCCCCGUGUAAGAGUGAGGUGGAGGAGGACAUUCCAGGAGAUGUCACCACAGAAAAUUCCAGUAAGAAUUCUGAAGGAAAUGUCACGUUAUCACCAAACUAUAAUAUAGAAGAUGAAGACAUCAUUCAGCGCCCUUCAGGAGAAAACCUAUUUAAUGUACAUCCAUUACUUUACAGUACAGAUCUAUUAUAUAACCCCCCCAAUCAUGAAGAAUCUUCUUCUGACCAAUCACACAUUGUUACUGCAAGUACAGGUCAGAAAAGGGGUGAAAGGUUUCAAUGUGGUAAAGAGUUCACAAAAAGCUCAGAUCUUUCUACUCACAGAAGAAUUCACACAGGAGAGAAGCCAUACUCCUGUUCUGAAUGUAGGAAGUGCUUCACAGAGGAAUCAAGUCUUGUUAGACACAAGAGACGUCACACAGGAGAGAAGCCGUAUUCAUGUUCAGAAUGUGGCAAAUGUUUUACGCAGACAUCAAAUCUUGUUAAACAUCAGAGAGUUCACUCAGGAGAGAAGCUGUAUUCAUGUAUUGAAUGUGGGAAAUGCUUUACACAAAAAUCGGAUAUUGUUAGACAUGAAAGAAGUCACACAGGGGAGAAGCCAUAUUCAUGUUCAGAAUGUGGAAAAUGUUUUGCACAGAAAUAUAAUCUUGUUAAACAUCAAAGAAUUCAUACAGGAGAGAAGAUGUAUUCAUGUUCAGAAUGUGGGAAAUGUUUUACACAAAAAUCAGAUAUUGUUAGACAUGAGAGAAGUCACACAGGAGAGAAACCGUAUUUAUGUUCAGAAUGUGGGAAAUGUUUUACAGACAAAUCAAAUCUUGUUAAACAUCAGAGAAUGCACACAGGAGAGAACCUGUUUUCAUGUUCGGAAUGUGGAAAAUGUUUUAUUAGUAAAGCCAAACUUAGUUAUCAUCAGAGAAGUCACACAGGAGAGAAACCGUAUUCAUGUGUGGAAUGCAGAAAGUGCUUUACAGAGAAAUCAAGUCUUGUUAAACAUCAGAGAAUUCACACAAGAGAGAAGCUGCAUUCAUGUUCACAAUGUGGGAAAUGCUUUAAUAAUAAAGCCAAACUUAAGGAGCAUCAGAGAAGUCACACUGGAGAGAAACAAUUUUGAUGUCCUAUGUGUGGAAAAUGUUUUACAAGAAAAUAAAGAUUUAAACAUAUCAGAGAAUUGUCAUAUUAAAGUUAAAAAAAAGAUACAUUUAAAAUGGCAGGUUAUUUAUGGACAUUAGCCGAUUUAAUAAGAAGGUUAUUUUUUGGGUAGAAUUGUACUAAAUCUGCCAAAUGACCACAUUAUAUUUAUUAGAGGUCAACUAAGGAGGAAGGCCAUGGAGGAAAAGCAUAUAAGGAAGAGAAGAAGAGCCUUGUUUACUUCCAGAGCAGAGAUCAAUUGUCCCCAUGAACCUUGCUUCUUAUCACUGUAUUCAUAGUUACAUUGUUAAUAUGAUUGAAAAAAGCCUUCAAGUUCAACCAAGGGAUAGAUGGGGACGUGAAUCACAGAAGGAAGUGAGUCUCGGAUUUCUACACAUUUUCAUAAGCAUUAAUGUUGUUUACUUUUAAGAAUUCAUCUAAACCCUUUUUAAACCCGUCCACUGUUCCUGCUGUGACC